UGUAAAGGUGGUUGGGUUAGUGAUAUAAAAAGGUAGUAUGUGGAGAAAGCUGGUGCUUCUCCUGUUUCUUGGUGUUGGGUUAGCAGCCGUAAAAGAAAGAGUUAUUGACUCAAAACUAAGCGACAAGGAGUUUGGUACGGCUGAUUAUGAUCAUGAGGCUUUUCUGGGAAAGGAAACGGCUCAGGAAUUGGAUGAUCUUGCUCCGGAGGAGAGCAAGAGGAGACUAGCGAUCAUCGUGAAGAAAGUGGAUAAAAAUGAGGAUGGAUCGGUCACAGAGCAGGAGCUUGAGGACUGGGUACGUUUGACGCACAACAAGUACAUUAGUGAGGACUCGGAUAAGAGGUUCAGGCAACUUGUGGAGGAAAACCAGGGUGAGCCGCUGCAUUGGAACAACUAUAAGAAGAUGGUGUAUGGGUAUGGUGAGAAUGGAGAGCUUGUUCAUGAGGUGGAUGAGACAGAAGACUACAGGAAGAUGUAUGAGCGAGAGGAAAAGAGGUGGAAAAGAGCGGACAGUGAUGAAGAUGGUGUUCUCACUCUGGAAGAAUUUAGAGGCUUCUCGCAUCCGGAGGAGUACCCACAUCUUCAUGAUAUUGUUGUGUCGGAAACGAUGGAGGAGUUAGAUAAAGAUAAUGACGGUGGGAUUGACCUUAAAGAAUAUGUGAGUGACGUCUACCAUCCUAACAAUGAAGAACCUGAGCCAGAUUGGGUACAAAAUGAGCGUGAACAGUUUGAAGCAAGAGAUGUAAACAAGAACGGAAAAAUGGAUGCUGACGAAGUAAAAGAGUGGAUUCUCCCUACCGAUUACGAUCAUGCCAAAUCUGAAGCUCGGCACCUCGUGCAUGAGGCAGAUGACGAUAAAGAUGGUGAAUUAUCUACGGAAGAAAUUUUGUUGCAUCAUGCGACGUUUGUCGGUUCCCAAGUCACCAACUAUGGUGAAGCUUUAAAACAUGAUGAGUUCUAAGAUUUUGCCAACUAUGACAACAAACAAGUGAACAAGUGAUUUAUUAUUUGCAUUGUUAUGGCUGCAUAUCUGUUAUAUUGCCAUUUUAAAAUAACAUUACUUAAAUGGGUUACAUUUUUAAACUCAAAAUUUUAGAAAUAAGACAACAUUACAAUGUGAUUGUUAUUUAAAAAAACAAUAUUAUAUAAUUUAGGUUUUGCACAUUUUUUUAGCCUACAACAAAAACGAAAUAUAGAUUUGAGUAAACAAAUUUCACAGUAUUAAAGUGUUUGUUAGUAAUAUUUUUGGAGCUAUUUCUAAGUUCUAAUUUUUUAAUAUUUCUUAUCUAUUUGUACACCACAUUCACAUUCUAGUAACCACAUUAUUCAUAUCAAAAGUACAACUUUAUAUUUUUGCCCGGAAGAAUAGAGUCCAUGUCAAUUGAGUCAGCAUGUCAAGGUAGCUGUAAAUUGGUCUUGCCGCUGUUCAACCUUGCUUAGCAAACUAAAUUUAGCCUCAUUUUAAUUUCUUUUAUGUAAAUGCCAUCCAACUGCCACUGUAUGCCCCUUUUCAAAAUUUCACAUUGCAAUUUAGAUAAAGUGCUAUCGUUUACAUUUAUGUAGUCAUUGUUUCCAUGCAAUUUGACAUCUGCAGUAGCCUAUCAUAUCUAAUUUGUUGUAUCUUAAACAGG